AUGACUUACAGUAUCCCUACCAUUGACUUUACAGAUUUUUCUGACCGAUCAGAGACGAUUGCUCAAGAAAUCUUCCAAGCAUGCAAAUCAACUGGCUUUUUCUAUGUUGUCAAUCAUGGCAUACCAAAGCAACAAGUGGAUCGUGCUUUUGAACUUAGCAAAAGCUUCUAUGAUCUUUCGUAUGAAGAAAAGUCCAAAUACAAGGUCCAGACAUAUGAUUUUCGUCCUUUUCGAAAAGGCGAUCCUUUGAACUUGAUGCCAUCUAUGUUUCUGGAAAACAAAGAUGAAAUCGAAACGUUUGCUAGAACAUGUCAUGCUGCAGCAAUGCAAAUACUGGAAGCUUUUGCCAUUGCUCUCAAGAUUCCAGAAGAAGAAGGAGGUCUUGGAUGGUUCAGUGCUCGCCAUCGCUAUGAUGUCCCAUUAUCGAACGAGCUACUGCGUUUCUUGAAAUAUCCAAAGGGAGCUGAAGCGACGUACAAGGAUCCGGUGCGUACAGGUGCCCAUACCGACUAUGGUAGCAUCACGCUCUUGUUCCAGAAAGAUAUCCCUGGUCUGGAAGUGCAAGCAAGUCGAACGGAAUGGGUCUCGGCGCCUAUUGUUAAAGAUGCUAUUUUGGUCAAUGUUGGAGGUGUUAUGGAAUAUUGGACCAACGGCUUGUUUAAAUCGACGUUGCAUCGUGUCGUUUUUCAUCCCGAACACCAAACUCACGAUCGUUAUUCAAUUGCAUACUUUGUACAACCAGAAAAGGACGCAUCCUUGGCUGCAGUACCAAGCUGUGUGAUCCCCCAAACACGACCCGAGUUUGAAGACGUUAUACACGGAAAGAAACCUGAAUUAGCGAUAGUGAAUGAUUAUACGACUUGGCGAUAUGAGCAGUCGUAUCGUCACAAGAAAAAGUAA